AUGUCUGAUAAAAUUACCGAGAAACUAAAAGCCUUCUCCAACAAGGUGAUGACCAACGACUCGUCCAGUAAUAACAGCCACCAAAGCCAGAGACCCGCUUACACCGCAGUAGACGUGGAUCCUCUCCAGAAAUCCGGAAACGACCCCCAGGCACGUCAUGUGACCGAUGACCAGCGCGCGCACGCGCCAGGCACGCACGUGCAGCCCCAGGAGGGCAAGCCCCGCACCAAGUCGUUUUUGGAAAACGACGGCAUCGACGAAAUGAAGCCUACCACGCGCAAGCACCGGGUCUCGUCGAUCUCGCUGAGCGACCAGUGGCGCAUUAACCAGGAGCUGCAGCCCAUGACCGCCGUGGACAGAGGCAACGACGGCGGCCCCAGCGCCCCCGGGUCCAGAUCCGCGUCCCGCAAGGCCUCCGUAUCGCGCAAGGCAUCGGCGUCGUUGUCACGCCGCUCCUCCAACGCCGUGCGUUACCGCAAGCAGACCAUCGACCACGAGCGUAUUGCCUCGUAUGCGUUUGCCUUCGAUAUCGAUGGUGUCAUUGUCCGCGGGCCGGAAACCAUCCCUGAAGCCCGGGAGGCGCUGCGUAUGCUAAACGGCCACAACAAGUACAACAUCAAGGUGCCCUAUAUCUUCAUCACCAACGGUGGUGGACGGUCCGAAAAGGCCCGUUGUAAGGACUUGUCUAAGAGAUUGGGUAUCACGGUAACCGAAGAUCAGGUAAUUCAAGGCCACACGCCCAUGAAGGAUUUGGUUCCUGCUUACAAAAACGUUUUGGUUGUAGGUGGUGUGCUGGAUUCAUGUCGCAAGGUAGCCCAGGAUUACGGGUUUGACAACGUUUAUAUCCCACUCGACGUGAUGAAAUGGAACCCAAGUGUCACCCCUUACUACCAAUUGUCCGAGGAAGAAAAGAGCGUGGCUCGCGACGUGGACUUUUCCAAGAUCUCCAUCGACGCCAUCUUGGUUUUUGCCGACUCUAGGAACUGGGCCGCUGACCAGCAAAUCAUCUUGGAGAUCCUAUUGUCUAAAAACGGUGUGAUGGGCACUGUGGCCCAAGAUCCUUCCGAAAACCACGUUGGUCUUUACUUUGCCCACUCAGACUUUGUGUGGGCCACCGACUACGGUCUCUCGCGGUACGGUAUGGGGGCGCUACAAGUGUCCAUUGCCGCUUUGUAUCAAGAACACACUGGCCGCGAGUUGCAAGUCACCAGAUUUGGUAAACCACAACGCGGUACUUUCAGAUUUGCCGAAAAGGUUUUAACGAAUUGGAGAAGAAACACUCUCAGCGAGCACGUUGAGAAUUUGAGCUUAGAAGAUGCCGGUUUGUCCGAUUCCGACGACGACGACGACGACGACGACGACGACGACAGCAACAAUGCGAGCGAGUCAGAACCUCUCACUUUGCAAAAGGACUCCAAGUUGUCGCUAGAAUUACCUCCCGCAUCCACUGUUUACUUUGUGGGUGACACUCCAGAAUCUGAUAUUAGAUUUGCCAACUCUCAUGACUCUUCUUGGUUCUCUAUUUUGGUCAAAACAGGUGUUUUCCAAGACAACAAAAUACCAAAAUACACACCAAAGCAGAUUUGCGACGAUGUUUUAGAGGCCGUCAAGUUUGCUAUUGAAAGAGAGCACAAGAAAGAGGUUGAAGAAUGGAAUGAAACUGCUGUUGAAGCGCCCGUUGUGGUAGAGACUACGACCACAGUCAGCGGCAGAUAA